AUGGUAUCUGCAAAGUUUUGUAAACAAGUAACUAACGAUCACAGAGUUCCUUUACAGCCAAUCAAUCAAGAUGUGAUUAACAGUAAAGAAAGAGAAGAGAUCAAUAAUGCAAGUACAUCGUAUGAUAAGAUGGAAAAGAUAUUGGACAUCAUCAAGCACAAGAGUGGUAAAGAACCUUAUAGUCACUUGGUCACAAUAUUAAGAGAACAUAGUCCACAUCUGGUAGAGAAAAUUGAACCUACAUCCUCCUCAUCGCGACCAGAUUUGAAGGCUCCAGAUGAAGACACAUCUAAUUUAUAUGCAGCAGAUGACAAAGAACCGGUACGCGAGUACCCGAGACGUUUUGACUCCGAAGUAGAGGUCACUCUUAAAUAUGUUAAAGGUCGAUGCUUUGAUGAUGUUUCACAUAACGUUAGAGGCAAGAAAACAACUCCUAUAAAAAACUACCACAUUGUUGAUGAUUUAACUGGAGUUACGACUAUGCUGGAAUUCAUUGGUUCCAAACUAAUUCCAUUUGUCUCAGCAUGCAUGAAUGAUACGAAAAACGGUACGCUUUAUUUUGGAGUCUGUCCAGAAAAAGACCCCAAGUAUAGAACCGGUGAAGUUGUAGGUGUAGUGAUUGAUAAAGAUAUUGUUAGGAGAGAAAUUGAAAAUUUGCUCCAGACUUCAUUUUUAGAGAGUCAAGUAAAAUACACUAAGGCCGUCCGGCAUCCAAAAUUUGUUCCAGUAGUCUCUGAAAACAGCAGCAUUGUUUCUUGGGUUAUUGAAGUAGAUAUUGUGUCAUCUAAUGUCAUUCUUAGCAAUGAAGUUAUCAAAACAAAACUACAAUUAUUAAAACUGUUUGGUAAAUACAAAACCCAGUGUAAAGAAUACGGCAUUUUUCGACUAUCAGAAAAAGGAACUCCAUUUCUUUUAAGUGAAUUACAAAGAUUAGAAUACGACCGUGAAAUUUCUAAGAUAAUAAAAGAAAGAGAAGACGAUGAAAAAAAGGCAGUUAAUAGGACUCCAAAAUUUUUGAAUAAACUAAAUCUUUUACUAACAGGAGGCACAGACCAAGGUAUAAUUCUGGAUGAUCUUUACAUAUUUUUAAUGUUAAGUCCAGUUGAUAGUUAUAUGGAUCAAGAUUUUCUAAAUAAAAAAAUGUCUUUUAUUAAAGAUCUCGAACCUGAAGUAGUGUUUGAUUUUGAUCCAAAUGGUUUUAAUCAAGGUAUUUACCAUACUUUAGACACAACACAAGAAGAAAUAUUUAACGUCUACACUUUAGAUACAUUUGAUAACAGGAAAGAAGAUUUUAAUUCUUUGCUUGAAAGGUUGCAAAAGGAUAAUUAUACUCAAUGGGUGUUUUGUAAUGGUCAUGACAACAUGGAGGAGAUAGAUAGAAGAAUGUGGAACAAAAAAAGAAAGCUACCAUUUCAAGAAGCCAUCAGAGCCUUUGCUGAUAACCACGGGAAAGAAAGAGUACUUUUAAUAAUGUGUCUAUUCUCAAAAAACUAUGAAAUAAUGAUAUCAGCCUGCGAAGAAGCAAUAACUAGACUACCAAAUCAAUGGAUUCUCUUAGCUGAAAAUGAUGUAGCAAAUUUAUGGCAAGACAAAAUGUCAGAAGACAAGUUAGAAAAACAAGAACUGGAAUACAACUGUGUUCUAGAUAUGACCUGGGACGAGAUAAGCAUGACCGUUUCUCAAAUUAAGGAAAGAACUAAAAAAAGUGAUGUUUUCCUUCCAUGUUCUAAUGGAUCCAUGACACCAGUACCAUUAAAGAAAUUAAAAGAGUGGCAUGAUAUUGAUAUUUUGACAGCUGGGGACUUUCUUUUCGAAGAAAACACGAUUAAAGAAUUAGAACAAAAGGUUGAGCUUGAAUUUUACCGAGGUGAACAGGUAUGUUGGCUAAAUUUUUGGUUUCCUAAUCAAGUUCUUCAGAGGGAUAUACAUAUUAAAUUAAAGGAACUAGUUGAAAAUUUACUGGAAGGCAAAACUCAGGAAGAUUACCGAGUUCAAUACUUUACACUUUGGCAUCAGCCUGGAGCUGGAGGAACUACGUCAGCCAUGCAUGUUCUUUGGGAUCUUCGUGCAAAAUACAGAUGCUGUCGAGUUCUAAAUAUCACGGAAGAAACAAGUGAGCAUUUAGAAGAAAUUUGGCAAUUUAAAGAAGAUACCAAAGCUCGCUCCCCAAAACCUCUUUUAGUUCUGGUCGACUAUGUUGAUGAUGAUGAGUAUAUAAAGUUUAAGGGAAAACUGGAAGAAUUGGGACGAAAAAACAGAAGACAUUAUGAAGAGUCUUUUGACGUUUUUUGCACUAUUAUCGAAUGCAAAAGGAGUACAAGUCCCCCUAAAGAAUCAAACAAAAUAGGGUUAUUACACAACUUGACACAAAGAGAGAAUGUACAUGACAAAGUUGAAAUUGAACUACUUCUUAUAGUCUCCUUUUUAAAUGUGUAUGAUUUAACUUUUAAACCAAUCAAAGUUUCGUGGCUUGACUGUUUCUUUAAAAACAGAAAUGCUCCAAACAUCAAGGAAACGAUUACUUUUCCAAGAGAUGUUAAAUGGGAAGCGAAGCUAAAUCCCGGAAUAAAAUUGUUGAUGAAUAUAUCGAAUUAUUCAAAGCAUAACAAUAAACCAAGAAAAUCUUUGAGGAUUAUAAACAAACUGGUGGCAAGAGAAAUUCUAAAUGACAUGAGAUUUCGUACUGGAAAGAAAAGUAGUGAAAUCAUGCUAGAAUUGUGUGAUCCUAAAAUUUAUAACCAAACUGGCCAAAAUUCGAACAACUUCAGAUACCUUAUAAAUUGCGUUGCUAAAAAAAGAGAAGUAGAAGAAAAUUUAAAAAAGGGCAAAUUUUCUCCGUUUGUAACUGAGCUGAUUGACGAAGAAGGAGCUGAUGUUGCGGUUGACGUGUUAAUUCAGUUGUUUGAAGUAAGUCAAGACCCGUUCAUAGCUCAAUUAAUAUCAAGAGUAUAUAUGGAAAUGAAAAAUUGGAACAAAGCUAAAUUGUAUGCACAGAAAGCAACAUUUUUAAAACCUGAAAAUUCGUAUCUGUGGGAUACUUAUGGCAGAGUGUUUAGUUCUCAACUAGCUGAAUAUAACACUGAAAAUAAUGCUAAAAUCAGCAAGGUAGAAGAAGACAUUAUAAAAACUAUUAAAAUAGCAUCUGAAGGAGUAGAAAUAUUCCAGAAAGCACAAGAAGCUAGUGAAAAUGAAAUGACAACUCUGGAAGAAAAUAAUAUUGCAGGCUACUUUGGCGAACUAAGAACAAUACUACUAGUGCUCAAUGCCUUGAAGUUACAUUCUGCUUUUAGAGAGCAUUCAAAGCUACACAUGUAUUUGGUUGAGCUAAAUUACUGCCCAGCAGAUUUAGCUUUUCUUCAAGACUACAGUUUUUUCUUAAAAGGCUUGGCAUCAAGAGCUAGGCAGGGAAUAAGACGACUGGAUGAAGAAUAUCUACAAGUGAAAAUUGGAAGCGGUCUCACCUUUCAAAACAUGUUAGAUUGGAGUAAAAAGUUCUACUACCUUGAACAACCUAAAGAAUCAUCGCGCCACUUUUUGGAGCCAAUGAUGUUUUAUGUUUUGGAAACUACUCUAUUUUUUCUUGGCAACGGUCCCCCAUUACAAGAUAUUGUACCUCAAGAUCACCUAGAAAUUAUGAAAGAAUAUAAUUAUAAAGAAAAGUGGACCAUUCCUGAAUUAAGAGAACGACUCAGAAUGAUGACAGGUGUGCUUUCAGAUGAUGGAGAAAAAGUAAAAACCGUAAUGACAACAAAAGAUGGCAAUAAAUUUACUUUAGAUAUACUACCUGCGUAUCCCAUACACAAACGAAUGAUGUGGAAUAAAAGAGUUUACUUUUAUUUAGGGUUUAGCUUUUCAGGACCAAAAGCAUUUGGUGUAUCAUUGGAAGAAUUGGGGAUCAUUCGGAAUGAAGCUGUGGGCGAAAGAUAA